GUUCUGAUGCACCAGGGCAGUUCUCACUUGUCUCUUGAGCAUAUGAAGGUUUGUGAUCUUCAGUGGUAUAUCUCCGUUCUUAUUCAUUUUCCUUUACACAUGUUGCUGUCUGUCUCUCUCUGUCCCCCCCAGGGAGAAGCCUCUCUUCAUAGCCAUGUAAAUACAGCCAUCUUUUCCCAAUCUGAGGAGACCCAAGAGAAGGGGCAGGAGAUGGAAGAAGAGGACCCAGGAAGACCUGGGAUUGGCAAGACAGCAAGCAAAGGCCCCCAUCCCAUCCCAGCUGGGAGUGCUGUUGAAUUCUGGGAAAGAGCUGGGCCAGAGAUUCGGGCUCAGGACAGCAUAACCUCAGAUGUCAACAGCCAACACUUCCAGAUGUUUGGCUACCAUGAGGCCGAUGGGCCCCAAGAGGUUUGCAGCCAGCUCCAUGGACUUUGCAAUGAGUGGCUGAAGCCAGAGAGGCACAGCAAGAAGCAGAUCAUGGAUCUGGUGAUCCUGGAGCAGUUCCUGACUCUCCUGCCCCAGGAAAUGCAGAGCUGGGUCAGAGGAUGUGGGCCGGAGAGCAGUUCCCAGGCGGUGGCCUUGGCCGAAGGUUUCCUCCUGAGUCAGGCCGAGGAGAAGAGGCAGGCAGAACAGGUGAGGGGAUUUCCUCCAGGCAUGUCCAAUUCAAGCAAUGCUAUCUGGCCUUAUCCUGAAGUUUCCUUUCCAGAGCUUUGUCCAAGUGUUAAUCAUCCAAAUGGGGGAUUUAACAGCCUCCUCCAGCAGCCUCCUCUAUCUUGGGACCAUCCGUGA